AACCUACAAGUUUACAAAACAAACAAAAAAAACAACUUUCCAAUAAGAUAAAUAGUAAUAAUGCGAACUUAAAGUCUGUUCUUUUUGAUUUAGGAGAAGAGGAACUAUUGUGAUUAAUAUAAAAAAAGAUACAUAAUUAAUUUUAUAUGAAAACUACAUAGAUUCAAAAUAUAUAUUAUUUAUAUGAAGAUAACACCUAUUCAGCUUAUGACAUACAUGUGUGUCCAGGUUUUUCUUUGAAACCCUGAACAAUUCUAUAAUUUUUUUAUAAAACAGGAUAAAUUUCAUUAUGGAUAGAUUAUUAAUUUAUAAUAAGUCUGAACCAUCCAGAAUUGAUGAAGAAACAGAAGAAGAUCGAAAAAUUCUAGAGGAACAAGAAAAAUUUAUGAAAAAACUUAAGGAGAAUAAAAUUAAACCAGCUGCUAAAAUUGUUCGCCAUGAAGACAAAUCAAAUAUAAUUGAAUCUGCGUCAUCAACUGGAGAGGAUAUUUCGGAACAAAUUGUUAAUACUUUUGAAUAUAUUCCAAAAAAUGCUGUAGUUGGACCAAUUGUAGAAAAACGUAAAAAUGAGGAUGAUUCUUAUAAAGUGCCACCACUUCGUUGCAAUGCUUAUGGUUUCCCUAGAGCAAAGAGAAGGGAUAUUAAUGUAGGUGGAGGUUCUGGUAGUUUAUUUGCUCAGGAAAUGAAAGAACAUGGUAAGGGAGAGGAUGCUACAACUGUUGCUUCAACAAGUAUUUCUGGUAAAAAAAAAUUAAUUGCAACAGAUGUAGGUAAUAAUUUCAAUGAAAAUAUUGGAAGUGGUCUUGUUCAUCAUAGUACAAUUUUGAGUGAUAAUGAAAAAAAAGAAAUCCAUGAACAGAAUCUAAAUAUUCUCAAAUCAACGCCUGAGUCUGAAAUACUUGCUGAAAAAGAAAGGCUAUUGAGUGGCCUGAAUCCAGCAAUUUUAGCAUAUUUGCAAAGUAGAAAAAAAGAAAAUGUCAACAAAUCUACUAAUUUAACUAUAACUCAGCAAAAUGACGCUGGUCAGAAUAUAGAUUUAAAUUCUAUUAAAUCGACAGUAGAGAUAUUAAGUACUCUUGGUUCUGAUAAGUGGUUGAAUUUCAAUCAGUUAGAAACAAAUAAAUUGGCUUGGAUGAAGGAGAUUGAAAUGCCUAAAAUUGAUAAGGAUAAAGCUUUCGAGGCAAGAUUUGAUUUUGAGGGUUGGUUAUUACCAUUUACACAACCUGAAAUAAAUGAGAAAAAUAGAAUUUUGUAUCAUCAUGGUGAAGAACCAGAGCGGCCUGGUUAUACUCUCAAAGAACUUUUCACUUUAGCCAGGUCAAAUAUAACACAACAGAAAAUUAUUGCACUCAAUUCCAUUGCAAAUAUCCUUUCUCUUUAUUCUUCUGGAGUUUAUCAAGACGUUCUAGAAAUACCUAUAGAACAAGUAUUCUUCUUGAUUCGAUUCUGUUUGGAUGAUAAUACACCUGGAGUACUCAAUGCAGGAAUCAAAGCAAUGAGAUGCUUGAUUUUCAACUAUUCAGAUGAAACAUAUCUAGAUUGUCUUUUAGGUUUUGGGUUUGAUGUUAAGAUGCCUGUUUUACCUGUAGAUAAUGAAGAAAAGGAUGAUGAUAGGGUGAAUGAUCAACAAUUAGCAGAAAAUAAUUUAAUUAAAUGUUUGGUGAGAACUGGAAUAUAUACAAGGAUCAGAUAUAUUAUAAAUACAAUGAGACCAACAUUGGAAACAAUAGUUUAUUGCCUAGAAAUUCUAAUAAGAUUGAGUAGAGAUUCUAAUUUCGUUGUAUCCACAAUGUUUAUGUGUGAAGAUCUUGUAUCAUCAAUUGUGAAAAACUUCAUUCCAGAGAAUUAUACUUAUAAUCACCAAGAAUCAGCUUAUGGUUUGCCAGUUUUGCAAGCUCUGAAACUGGUGAGAGUAUUAACUGCAAGAAACGAAAUCUUAGCUAAUAAAUUUGUGAAUGAAUAUAAUAUUGUAGAAGCAAUAUCGAGAUACCUUCAAGAUGAAAUAUUCGGGGGAAAUGCUUCAGGAAUAAAAUUACAAACUGAAUGCUUUCAUCUUUGGAAAAUACUUCUUAAAUAUGGAUUAACUUUGGAUUACCAUGAAACCUUGAUAUCAAUACUCUUGAAGUACUUGGAUUAUCAUAUUAAACAGACAGAUAUUGAUGAAAAAACAACGUUUAUCAGAGAAGCGCAUUGCGCAGCCAUGUUGUCUCUCCUUGGAGAAUUUAUCAUUUUAAAACCUUCCAUUGUGUCUAAAUUUGAUCAACUUUAUCUGGUCGCCUUGAAAAAGUGGAGUACCCAGUUUCAAAGAAUCAGUGAUUUUAAGUCUGGACAGUCACAAAUUAUUUCUUCACUCAUGAUUUUAAGUUCAAAAAUUUAUCGAUACUCCAAACUCACCAGACAAAUCGAGGAAAGUGUUGCAAAUUUAUUGAAAUCUAAGGGCUUCGCUGAAAGUGUUCUAGAGAUUAAGAACUGUUCCAUGUUAUUGAAUAAUUAUGAUCCACAGCCUUUUAGUGCUAAUCUGAAAACAUUACAAACAUCUGCAUGGUAUGCUUCUGAGCAUGUAAUACCUAUUUUACAGACAACAAGCUGUUUUCCAUUUAUUAGAGCACUUUCACAGUUUUUAUCUGGUUGUGAUUCUAUGUUUUUGAAAUUGUCUUUUUUGGAAAACAAUACUAUAAAAUCUUACAUCGAGGCUCUAGCACAUCAACAAUCAUUGUUUCUUACUAGUCAUUGGUUCACAAGAAUUGAAAGCCAGCUUAUUCUUAACUUAUUGAAGAUAUCUGUUGAUUUAUGCAAGGAAAUUGACACUGCAAAUUUUUAUGCUGUUGCUGUCAAAUCCCUAUGUAUUUUCAACGAGGAUCAGAAAGAAGAAAUCAAAUAUUUAAUGGAAAAAAUAAUAUUCUGCACAAAGUUCUACCCAAGUGAAAUCUUGCUCAGUAAUCUCAAUUUAUAUGAAAGGAAUGAAAAUUUAGAAAUUUCUCUGAAGAACUUAGAUGCUAUCAAACAUGUUUAUUUCAAAGUAUUGGGACUUUCAGAGAAAAGAGAUUCUCCACAAAGUUUCUGUCUAGAUAUUGGUAUAGGAAAUGUGAUACCUGUAGAUUGGGUUUACACUCCGAUUUUAAUUCUAUAUUCCAACCAACAAGAGAAAAAUAAUGUACUUUCAGAGCAGCAACAAACAUUUAUAGUGACGAAUUGUUUAAGAUGGGUUUUAAUAUAUGAAAUGUAUUUUCCAAGUUUAGUGCUAGCAGUCAGUCCAACUGAUAGAUUCUGUAGGCUAGCUUGUGUAUUUUUGGGCAGCGAUGUAUUAUUUUUAAAUCAGGAGAUUCAUCAGCUUCUAGAAUUAUGCUUGAAAAAUAUUCUUUCCAAGUUUGAAAAGAAAUUGGAUUUUAAUAAACCAAUCAAAGGAUUGAAAAAUUUCCAAGAUUUUUAUAACCAGAUGUUGGAGCAGUAUCAGGGAGUUAGUUAUGGAGAUAUUCUCUUUGGUAAUUUCGUAUUAGUUCCAUUGUCUCAAAAGCAGAAUGUUCAGUGGAGGAAAACCUUAUGGUCGGAAUAUUAUGGAGUAGUUCAAAUCUUGGAUAUUUCCAGAAAACAGCUUAUGACAUCUUUGGAUAACUAUUUACAACCACUUGAAGAAGACGAAUCUCUAUUGAAAUGUUAUAAAAAUGCGCUCUCGAUGGCAACUGUAAAAUCAACAUCAGUACUACAUGUUAUAGCUAACCAUCAUUAUAUUUGCAGACGACACAAAUUGUAGCAAAAGAUAAAUCAAUCACAACCUGUCUCCAGCACCUCCAGAUACUCAUAGAUAAGAUUUGUAGAUGGUUUCGAUUAUGUCGUAUGAAACGAAAUCCAGACAAAUCAAAGUUUAUGAUUUUUCACCACCAAAUAAAUCCAACAUCUCCGGCUGUAUGUAUAAACGAAGUCAACGUCUAUCCCUCCACUAUAAUGAAAUAUUCGGGUUUGAAGAUUGAUAAUAAACUGAAUUACAAUCUACAAACGAAAUUAGUAAAAAAGAGAACUAUCACUACAGCCAAAUAUUUUGCCAAACUGACAUAUAAA